AUGCGAACGCAAUCGAAUACGCUGAUUCGGACUCUUAUGAAGAUCAACGCCCUUCAACCGCAAGCAAAUGUGAUGGGAUCGAUUGGGGUAAUGGCUCCGCGUUUAACUUCUUUCCACGAUUCGGGACUUGGCUCUGACCCUCAUUUGCUCAGUCCUCGGAAUAGCAUCGCUUCAAGGCUUGAACUUUACGUGCACACGUUGAACCUGCUUCUCAAGCAAAGUUCCUACUUGGUUGAUUGGUUUGUUUCGAAAUGGGUUGAUUGCACGAAUAAGUACAGCUUCGUUUUCAAGUGUCUAAAGAUAACUCGAUUGAUUCAAUUUUUCAGGAGGAUGCCGAUCACGAAAGUGCACGCUCGCCAAAUCUACGAUUCUCGUGGAAACCCCACGGUUGAGGUCGAUUUGUACACGGACAAAGGUGUUUUCCGUGCUGCUGUCCCUUCCGGUGCAUCGACAGGAAUCUAUGAGGCGCUCGAGAUGCGAGAUGGAGAAAAGGGUAUUCACCACGGAAAAGGAGUGCUCAACGCUGUGCGCAACAUCAACGAGAAAAUUGGGCCAGCUUUGAUUGCAAAGAACUUCGAUGUGACCCAACAGAAAGAAAUCGACCAGUUCAUGAUUGCUUUGGAUGGAACUGACAAUAAGAACGUUCUUGGCGCGAAUGCGAUUCUCGGUGUUUCGUUGGCCGUGUGCAAAGCGGGAGCCGUUCACAAGGGACUUCCACUCUACAAAUAUAUUGCUGAACUUGCCGGGAUUGAUAAGGUUGUCCUCCCCGUUCCAGCCUUCAAUGUGAUCAAUGGUGGAUCUCAUGCCGGAAACAAGCUUGCAAUGCAAGAGUUCAUGAUUCUCCCGGUUGGAGCUGAGAAUUUCGCGGAAGCAAUGCGAAUGGGAUCUGAAGUCUAUCAUCACUUGAAAGCCGAGAUCAAAAAGCGCUACGGAUUGGAUGCGACGGCGGUUGGAGAUGAAGGCGGAUUUGCACCAAAUAUUCAGGACAACAAAGAGGGACUUGAUCUCUUGAAAACGUCGAUUGAGAAAGCUGGAUACACUGGAAAAAUUGCAAUUGGAAUGGAUGUGGCCGCCUCAGAGUUUUACAAGGAUGGAAAGUACGAUUUGGACUUCAAGAAUCCAAACUCGGAUGCAUCGAAGUGGAUCACCGGAGACGAGCUGGCCUCAAUCUAUCAAUCGUUCAUCAACGACUACCAGGUGGUCUCGAUUGAGGAUGGAUUCGAUCAGGAUGAUUGGGACAAUUGGGGCAAAUUCAUGUCAAGCACAAACAUUCAACUUGUCGGCGACGAUCUCACCGUGACGAACCCGAAGCGAAUCCAAAUGGCAAUCGACCGAAAGAGUUGCAACUGCCUCCUUCUCAAGGUGAAUCAAAUCGGUUCAGUGACCGAAUCGAUCGAGGCAGCGCAAUUGUCUCGAAAGAACGGAUGGGGAGUGAUGGUGUCUCAUCGAUCCGGAGAAACUGAGGACACGUUCAUUGCCGAUCUCGUUGUCGGACUCGCGACUGGACAGAUCAAAACCGGUGCCCCAUGUCGCUCGGAGCGUCUCGCCAAGUACAACCAGAUUCUGCGAAUCGAAGAGGAACUCGGCGCCGAUGCGGUCUACGCUGGACAACACUUCCGUAAUCCACAAGCCAAG